CCGCCGCCAUUUUGACGCUCAGUGCCCGCCCGAGAAAGCGGAAGGAAAGAAAAACCGGGCGGGCACGGGGACAGGGAGGAGGAGGAAUCUUAACCCCCUCAGAAAAUAUCAUCGGGAGUAUCCCGGUCAGAUACUCCCCCGAAAUCAGACAUGUGUGAAAACCAUAACUGCUCGAUUGGUUAAUCGAGAGGAAAAUUAGAAAAAAAAAGUCGUUUCGCUUUGGUGAGGAAGGGAACACUCGGGGUUUCCAUUUGGACCAAAAAAAGUGAAUUUUUCUGGGUUAACCUCUCCUCGCCCCACCUUGCCUUUAAAUUGUUUGGUUUUUUUUGCUAGUUUUAUAUAUAUAAAGCCCGAGUGUGAACGGGAAGUUGUGAACUGUUUGGUAUUUUUUUUUCCUCUCGCUCUCUCUCUCUCUGGUCGUCUCUUUACCUGAGAAAGGGUCGUCCUGUCGGAUCAUGUCUGGUCAGUCGAUCACGGAUCGGAUCACCGCAGCCCAGCACAGUGUCACCGGCUCAGCUGUUACCAAGGCAGCCUGCAAAGCCACCACACAUGAAGUGAUGGGCCCCAAGAAGAAGCACCUUGAUUACUUAAUCCAAUGUACCAAUGAGAUGAAUGUGAACAUACCACAAAUGGCAGAUACUCUGUUUGAAAGGGCAACAAACAACAGCUGGGUUGUGGUGUUUAAAGCUUUAAUCACAACGCAUCAUUUGAUGAUGUAUGGGAAUGAGCGUUUUAUACAGUAUUUGGCUUCAAGAAAUACUUUGUUCAACUUAAAUAAUUUUUUGGAUAAAAGUGCCAUGCAAGGAUAUGACAUGUCCACUUUCAUCAGACGAUAUAGCAGAUAUCUUAAUGAAAAAGCACUCUCGUACAGACUAAUGGCAGUUGACUUCACCAAAAUGAAAAGAGGGAUGGAUGGAGUAAUGAGAACAAUGAAUACAGAGAAAUUGCUGAAAACUCUGCCUCUUAUACAGAAUCAGCUGGAUGCACUCCUGGAUUUUGACGCAAAUCCAAAUGAGCUGACAAAUGGAGUAAUAAAUGCUGCCUUUAUGCUACUGUUCAAAGAUUCAAUCAGGCUUUUUGCUGCCUAUAAUGAAGGGAUCAUCAACUUACUGGCUGCUUUAAAAACAAAUACAGUGGCAGAGAAAUACUUUGAUAUGAAGAAAAACCAGUGCAAGGAAGCCUUAGAUAUCUACAAAAAAUUUCUAGCUAGAAUGACCAAGCUGUCUGAAUUCCUCAAAACUGCAGAGCAAGUUGGAAUUGAUCAGGGUGACAUUCCAGAUCUUACUCAGGCACCAAGCAGUCUGCUUGAAGCAUUGGAACAGCAUCUAGCUUCUUUAGAAGGAAAAAAAACAAAAGAAUUUUCUGCAGCAAACAGAGCAACUACUCUAUCAAAUGCAGUCUCCACUCUUUCCAACACGGGGAUGUCUUUGAGUAAAGUUGAUGAGCGGGAAAAGCAAGCAGCUCUAGAAGAGGAACAAGCUAGGUUACAAGCUCUCAAGGCAAAGUGCGAUGCUAUUCCACCUGGAUUUGUGAUGCAGGAGCAACGACACAAAGAAAUGUCUGUGCUACCCCAGUCAGCAACAGCAUCCACAACUGUCUCUCCGAGUUCCACAUCAGGGAGAAGUAUCAGUACAGCUGCAGCAGUUGAUCUCUUUUCAGUAGCUGCACCAGCAACAAGUGCAAACAGUGCCCCUAACAUGUCCAAUGAUAUCUUCAACCUUGAGUCGGCUUUUGUACCUACUGUACAGAGUACCCCAGCAAUAUCAACCUCAGUAGCUAACGCAUGGGGAGAUGUAUUCAGUUCUUUUCCUGAGCCAAGUACUGCUACAUCGACAAACGUCGAACACUUUCCUGAGGUAGACAUCUUUACUGCAGAUUCUUUCACCUCUAAAGGACCUUCUGUUCUUGAAGGUUUUACUCCUCAACCAGCCCCACAGAUGAUGGCUCCGUCAACACUGAAUGUGGACUUUGAUUCUGUGUUUGGAUCCAAAUCAGGCCUCGGUGAUGCCAAAAAUACAAGCGGUGAUAUAUUAAUGCCACAAUCAACUUUGCUUGCCAAAAAUGAAACGCCACCAGUGAACCAGCAAAACAACAAACUACUAGCAAAUGAUUUGGAUUCAUCCCUUGCCAACCUUGUGGGCAAUUUGAAUUUCGUCGGAACUCCAUUGAAAAGAAUGGAUCAGCAGUGGACCCAGAGUGGGGAAAGGAAAUUAACAGGAGGAACAAACUGGCAGCCAAAGACUACUACAUCAACAUCCUGGACUGCAAUGCCAAUGAAUGUCCCACCAAUGGGACCAGCUCCAAUGCCUUUCCCAGUGUCAACAUCUCAAGUGCCUGUAUAUGGAAUGGUACCUGCAGUAGGAACAUUGCCUGUGGUACCGCAGCACCCAAUGAUGUAUCCUCAGCCUGUUAUGAGAGCAACUAACCCUUUUGCACCAGUUAAUGGAGCUCAGUUGCAGUUCAUGUAGAGACAGCAAACUGCAUCAACACAAGGUUCUAUAAGCACCAAAUACCUGGAUGAAGACAGAUGAAUAUGUCCAAGACACAAGGCUUAUUCAUCAUUUAAAACUGUAACCGAACUUGCAAUAUAGUACUGAUUUCCAAUAUAAGUUCUAAUCAAAUGCAAAGCCUGUUCUGUGGAAAAAAAUGCUGAGAAGAAUAUAGUCCAAUCUGUCUUUGGUCAUUGACCUAAUGAACUGGCAUGAAUAGAUGUCAAUAUUUAUUGACCUCUUCAGUGCAGCUUCUUUUCUUUGCUGAACGUAACUGAAGCUAUUCUUGAUUUUUAACAGCAGGAACAUGAGUGGAUGCACGAAAAAUAAAUAUCAGCAAUUGAACAGAAACCUGCAAAAGAAGUGCAAAAUCAUAGCUCAGCCUGGUUCAGAUAGUUUCAAAUUGAUCAUAAAUUCUAUCUGAACUCUUGGAAAGGGUUUUAACUUUCAACUUGCUGUUGGUUAAAGAUUUCGCUUCAAAACUUUCAAAAUGAAAAUCCUCCUAACAGUCCUGUCUACUUCCCAUCCUCUUCUGACCAGGUGCAUUAUAUUACAUGUUUUUUGUCUGGCAACAGUUACUGGGUUAUCAUAUUGCUUUGCUAUGCAGAAUGUAAGUUUAUUUUUUUGCAAUUAGUGAAAAGAAAAAUGACUUUUUUUAAUACUCGUGUUAUGGGGUGUUUAUUUUGAACAAUUUCGAAUCAUGAAGCAGCUAGCAUUUUUUUUAAGUUAUAGUCACCAAUCCAUCUCACUAUUCAGGAUUAAAUCAGAGAAAUGGACUGUUGUUGAAUUGACACAAUCUGGUUAAAGGAAGGUAGGGGGCAUUAUAUAAAUUCCACUUUAACCACUAAAUGGUAGAUCUCAGAUGUAGUCAAAUUAGGGGUGAUCUGUUUUGAUUACAGCUAAACUUGGCUUUUCCAAUCACAUUGCAAUCUAUCAGGUUUAGCAUGAUCGGCGUGAGAUGCAGUAGAUGUGCUUGCUCGUAACAGGUUGUAUUCAAUAUGCAAGUUGAAUAUAUCAUGUGCAUAUGAAGCUACUGACCCUAAGGUGCACAUGCAUUUCUGGAUGUGUACAUUUCUUCAAAAUAGCUACUCCUUCCCCUUUUAUCACUUACUGAAAAGAAGUUAAUGUAGUGACUAUGACUGCAAAAACCAUGACUGAAUAAUGUGGGUUUCCUUAUUUCGUACAUCCCACUAACAAAAUUGAAGAUAUUUGUGAUACUGAAACCUGUUACCUGUUGACUUCAGUAAAGUUGCAAAUAAAAUGAAAAGGUUCAAUUCUAAUAUAUUUUUUAAAUCAACACCCUUUUCCAACUCCACACACAGUUUUUGGAGCUGUUGCACAGUUUAACUAGCUUAGUUUGCAAAGCAUUUUUACAUGUUUUUGAUUUUUGAGACUGGUUUUUUUCUUGCAAGCUAGCUACACCUCUAAAAGGCCAACUGAGCAAUGGUCACCAAACAUUCGAAGUGCAGGAAUGUUGUUUUGAGAGAAUUGACCCACCAAAAGCAGACUAAGCAAUCCCAGCACUGAUGCGGUAUCCUGGAAAACUAUAGGAAAGCUAAGGUCAAUCUAAUAACAUGGAUGUUAAAUGUGAAUGAACCUUGCAUUGCAAUAUAAUAUUUUGUUACUGAUCUGCACGUCUUUAGGGAUGUAUUUGGUCUUAUUGAACUCUUUACCCGCGCCAAAAUCCUGAUCAUUCUUUAAAGUAAUACAUUUCAGAAAAGUUAACGGGCAACCUGUGACUUUAAUGGGUGGUUUAUGAGUAACUCUGGGAAAAUUGUCUUCUUUCACCCUCCCACAAAGUAUUGAAACAGUGACAACCAGCAAAUUUUUAACCAUACACCUUAUGAUGUUCACCUGCCCGUAAUCCUCAAGAAGUUUUUUAAACUUGCAAAAGCAAUCCUUGUUGCACUGUUUGGUGCUUUACAUAUAAGAUGACAAAUAUAUUCAGCAAAGAACACUGUUGAUACUAUAGGUUGGACUGUGAAUGUUGUAUAAAUCUCUGCCAAUACAAAAUUGUCCAUAUGUAGCUGGUUACAAUUUCUUAAUAAACUUCUGUUGAAAUAUGUGAAUUUUGGUGUACAUAUAGCACAGCUCUUCCUCGUUAACUUGUGGCGGUAACCCAAGAAGAUUUGUACAAAUUUAUCUGUUAAUUUAAAUUGUUGAAUGUUGUGACAAAUCAGGAAAACUACAUUUGUCCUAUGCAGUUAUUUUUGAGGAUAAUCUAAUGUCAGUUUUCCCGUCUAAACCUAAUAUUUAUAAUUUAAUUGCAGACUCUGAAACCUUCAUAACGGGCAAUUUAAUAUCAUUAAGACGAUCAUGUUUUUGAUUUUUACUUAUAGUUCACUUGUGCCAGAUAUUUUAACUGAAUUUUAUUUUUCUUCAUUUACACACAAUUUAAAAAUAUACCUUUAGUACAGUUUAAUGAGGUUAGGGAGAAGAGGGGAACAGGAGAAUGUACACUGUUUUUGUGCCAAAAGCCUUUGUUUGUUCUAGGUGUUCAUCUAAAUGUACAAAGUUUGAAGUAUUGUAGAAUUUUUCAAAGUACUUUUUUUAAAUUAAACAAAGCGAAGGUUUGUUCAAAUUUCAUUUGAGAUCUAGAUUAUUUAUCCACAAAGCACCCAUCAAAUGUUUCAGGCUUUGAAAAGUAUUCUGAUUAUUACAUUUAUGCAGAUUUAUAUAAUGCUAGGCAUGCAAAACAACCCCUUGUUUAGCACAGCACUUUGGGCUAAACUUUAUACGCAAGAAAAUCCUCCUUUCUAAAACAAAUAUAAAACGACUAUAUUUUUGUUUGUAUUGUAUUUGAAUAAUUCAAGAGAUGCUGUUCAUGUAAAAAGUAAAUUGUCCAAGUGAUUCAUUUUUUAAAUUGCUUUCAGCUGUCUCUGUCAUGAAAUAAUUAUAUACUGCUGCUUUUGUCCCCACUCCACCUCAAUAACUCUGAUAAAAGUAAUGGUAUGAUUUUCAGUAAAAAAAAAUAGCUCAACUUAAUGUAAAUCACAGCCAGGGUCUUUGGUUUAGCUAAUGAGAGAACUGUCGUGCAUUUCUUUCAUUUUUUUUACCUGAACCUUUGGAAAAAGUAGGAGGGAGGAGCUGCAGUAGACAAAGACAAAAAUACCAAGAAGCAGAACACCUGUCUCUUGAGUGAAACUUGUGUAAGUCAAGUGAUUGUUAGGUUUUUAUCUGUCAUACUUCCUGUAAUUUGCACUUCAUGUUACAAAAUGUUCUGCAGUGACCAGAGUCAUAGUUUAUCACACCCUGUUGAACUGUGCUGGAAUGCACCAUGAAAUUAUUACAAGAUUGACCUAUAAGGCUGAGCUGCUCUGCAUUAUGAAAAUAUACAAUUAAAACGGUCAAUGUUAUCUUGCAUAAAAGGGGAAGAUGUUGGAAGCACUCAGUAAAAUGGAACAUGCCAUAGUUUCAGACUUCGCACUUCCCUUCAUACUUCUGAACUUAUUUAUCGGGAAAGAAACAUCAAUGUUGGCUACUUGAGAUUAAGAGUUGAAAAGUUUCUGAUUAGAAUGCACAGUGUUAUAUAAUCAAAGUUUGCACAAGUAAUUUUUUUAAUGGGGGAUUUAGAAUCAGUGACAAAUUUUAGGAAUCCUCAUUUUCUAGUGAUGAUAUUCCAGGUGUCGUAGAUAUACAAGUGCAAAACCCAUUAACUCAGAAAGAUUCAGUAGAACCCUACUCAACUUGCUGGCAGCAUAGGCCAACAAAACUUAAGUUUGUGGUCGGUUUUCUAUAUUGCCAAAUACCAUAGCUCCUUCCUAUUUUCCUACCCUACACCUUAUUGCAUUGUACUUAGUGCUUUGACUUCAUGACUUAAAGGUCGGUUUAUUAAGUUGCAGUAUGCUUGGUGACCUAUUUCCUGGUGUUCAAACCAUUUUUGUCAGCCAAUAAUUUUAUUUUCAGCUAAUGUAAGCAACAUUGCAUCAACCCAUCAAAGUUGGCGGAAAGUUGGGAGCCACCAAGUAUAUUCUCUCAAUUGUAUACAAAUGUGCCAAUGCAGUAAGCAGUUAAGAGUAUGUUGUAUGGAAAGUUUGUUUCCUUGCUACCUCCAAAAUGGAAUUAAUUGACUCAGCUGCAAUAAUUUCUUCAGGUUUUGAUUUGCGUGGGAAUUCCUUGAAAAGCUCUUGUCUGCAUAUGUUUUUCAAAAGAAUCCUUUUCAAAUUCAAGUGUAGUUAAAGCACAUUGGCUUGCUGCCAUUUUUUGUGAACCAAUACAAGCGUAAAAUUGUAGAGGUAACACUUAAACCUUCUACACUGUGUAGGAAUCUUGUUUCUUCAGAUUCUGGCCACAUGCUAGAAUUGAAAUGCUUCCCACAAUACAUUCAAUUUAAGAAGUCAACAUAACUCAAGGACUUGUAAACAAGUAAAAUGCUGACAACAUUUCCUUCACACUAUAAACUACCUUCUUCUAUCAUUUAACUGGCUUGUUGCAAACAUUUAGUGCAUAUUGCUUCACUUAAUAAAAUCUUACAACAUUUCAGUGUAUCAUUGUGGUAAAAUAAGCAAAGGGCAGUUACCCUAGAUUUUAGUGUUUUUUUAGAAGCAGGCGUUGAACUGAAUAAAUAAUUACAGCACUGUGGAUCGGUGCUACUUUGUAAAUAAGUGCUGGAGUUUUCUUUGUUUUUGGGUAGUUUGUGCUGUGAGGGGAACAAAAAUAACUAUCUCUGAAUUGCAACAAAUAAAAAUUACCCUGUUGUAUUGCAUUUCUGCAGAUUAUAUUUUUGAGUAAUUGAAAUCUGUAUAUGUUAUCAUUUAUACAUUUGCGGUAAUUAGUAAACUUAGAGAAACAGCAACUUUCAUCAGGGUUGUAUUUGAUUCUGAAAUCAUUGUAUGGGCAAGUGCAUUAUUGCAUAAUAAAGGAAAUGUAUGAAAAA